AUGCAGGAAAAAGAGGAGGGGCUGGCCCCGGGGCACCCCAGGCCCAGCUUCCUGGGCCCUCCCACCCCAUGGCCCUAUGGGCUUCCCUUCUUCCAUCUCUCUCUGGCUGGGUGCAGGCCAGACCUCAUGAGGCAGCUGGGGGAUGUGGAAAGAACAGGGACUUUCCCCACAGAAGCCCAGAACCCACCUCCUACCUCACCCCAGGACCCCCCUGCACAGGUCCAUGGCUUCCCCUUGUUAGAGGGCAGGCCUCCAGGACCCCCACCCUCUGCACUGCCCUGGAUGCUGACAAAGGCUCUCCUGCCCCCUUCCCUGCGCAUAUCUUCCCUUCCUCUGGACUCUAGCCCCACAGAGGCUGAGCUCCACCGAGCCUCUGCCUCAGGAGAAAUGGCUGGGGAUGCGCUCUGGUGGGGGGAGCCUGGAGCUGGGGUAGGGACGGGCGGUUGGCGGGGAGGGUGGUGUUCUGAGUCCUCGGGUCGCAACCCCAGCAGUCCCAGAUCUUGCAUCCUGCACGGCUUCCCUGCUGUCUGUGCAGCAAAAAGGGCAAAGCACAGGGACUGCAGGCAGGUGCACCUGGUGAAAGGAGGGGCUGUGCGUGCAAAGGUGGGAGGACCCAGGUUACUGGUGGCCUUCCCAGCACCACGCCCUGCUCCCGUCCGCGCCCUGCUCCUACCUCUGCCGGCCGGCUUUGCUCCUACCCGCGCCCCGCUCCUGUGGCGACCCGCUCCUAUCCCUGCCCGGCCCACGCCCCGCUCCUACCCCUGUCUGGCCCGCUCCCCGCUCCUGCCCCUGCCCAGCCCACGCCCCGCUCCUACCCUUGCCUGGCCCCCUCCCCGCUCCUGCCCUUACACAGCUCGCGCUCUUCUACAUGCCGCCUGCGUGCUGCCCCUGCCCGCGCCUCUCGCGCACAGCUCUCGCCUGGCAGGCAGAGACCCGAGCAGGGCGUACAGCAGCUCAGAUUGCCCAGGAGUCCCUGCCCAGAGGUGCCGUGCCCACAGUGUUCCUCGGGUCCACCAAGCCCCUGGGCAGGCAUGGGGCGACCGAGCUGAGCGCCGCACCCCGCCCCGGAGAGCCGCCGGCCAGAAUCACCGUCCUUUCUGCAGCGACUGUGCGCAGGGUCGAAGGAGACAUCUGGUGCUGCUGCCGCUGCUCGGCAAAGAUAAUUGCUGGGAUGAAGUGGAAUCCACACAGAGAGUCAGAGAGGAUGUACGCCCUGAUCAUAAUUUGCCUCCUGCAGAGCGGCGACGUAGAGGAUUCUUCUACCACCCGAAUUGGCGAUUUCCCUCACUGGAUUCCUGGGACCUGAUCCGGGCAGCACACUCGACACAGUCAGCGAUUGACCUGUACGUGGCAAGAGAUCCCCUCUCUAGGAGACUCCGCAGAAACACCAGAGAUGAAAGUGGCACACAACAACCGAAGGCAGAGGAACAGGCUGAGGAUAAAGGUGUCAAGCCUGUGGCAGCAGAGCUUCCUGGGGAGGGGUUCUCAGAGCAAGUCAUUGCCGUUUACGAAAGGGACUCAGCACUUUGGGCAAGUGAUUCCACCGAAGAUCCCCAGAAAACGCCUCCAUGGAAAGUGAAGGAGGCCUGGAUAGAGCAGGAGAGUGGUGUCAAGCAUGUGGCAGCAGAGCUUCCUGGGGAGGGGUUCUCAGAGCGAGUCAUUGCCGUUUACGAAAGGGACUCAGCACUUUGGGCAAGUGGUUGCACGGAGGAUCCCGUGGAAGAAUUCAUAGACGAAUCAGAUGAGGAUGCCCCAGGACCAUCGAAGAUACCAACAAGCCCUCUCCCGGCACCUGGAGAAGUGGAGAAAACCUCUGAGGAGGCAGAAACAAAACCUAGUGACCUGAAGGAUGAGACUACUGAAGAGCCUGAGCUCACUUGUUGUGGCCUGACCUGUUGUGGCCGUUGUACUGAUGCUGGAAAUCCCUAAAGAUUCGUCCAGAAGGGCCGCCACCCAGUGGAUUUCCCUUGCCCCUCAGCCGUCUGGAGCGUAUGAGUUUUGGAGAAUCCUCUUCCUCUGUAUAUGCUUUUGACUUUCCUGGAUUGAUGUAAAAAUACUCUUUUCUUUGACCUGUUUAUUUUUAAGACAACGAUGUGAUUGUGUCAGCUUAUAUUUUAUUGCUGAAGUAAAUUUUCAAAUGUUUUAUUAGUU